UCAAGGUUGAUUGAGGUCACGACGUGAAUGGGGCAAGUGCACUUUGACGAAAGAAAAGGAUAUACGUUGUAGUAUAUUAGAAAGCAGUUCAGUACGAUUCGAACAUUGAAAGUGAAAAGGUGUGAGAAUAUAAGACGGAUUUUUAUUUGCUAUUAUAUUAUUAUAGACUGAAACAUUGUUGAAGAAAGAAUAUUAUUUAUUUGGAUUUAUUGAUUACUCAUUUAGUGAUAAACGUGCAAACAUGGAUGAUGUCCAUAUAGACCGAGGUUCCAUAUGUGCCUGUCGUCCAGUGUCAUAUGACAAUAGACUACAUGCUUUACUCAGCAGUCAGGAACGCACUUCAUUUGGAAGAUUUAAUCAUAUUAACAGUGCACCAAUGAUGAUUCCAAGAAGGAUGGACUCUAAUAAUUAUAUACUGCCAGAUGUUGAUCAGAAACAGUCAAACACGUUACAAAGCGUUCUGAUGGGCGACAUUCCACCGGCAUAUUCUCAUCUUACUUCUAAUAGAUUAUCGCCAUACUCGACCUCGCCGGUUCAGCGACAUUCACCAAAACUUAAAGUUCCAUCCCAUUUCAAUAAUUACUCCAUUCAUCGAACAAGUCCGGUAUCUCCGCAUGACCAUUCUAGAGGCGUUUCCCCAUGUAGAUCUCCAUAUUCCUCCUCUCCCCGUUUGACGUCGUCGUCUCCUAGAAUGACGUCACCACUUCAAGCAAUGUCACCACCACAUUCACUCUCAUCGCCGAAUAUUCCAUCUAGUAGUCCACAGUUACUGUCAUCCAGUUUAGAAUUACCACGGUAUAGUGGAUUUUCCGUAUCGCCGAUGCCACCGUCACCGUUUUCCGAUAGUUCCUUCCAAGAUGAACCAAUGGAUCUCUCCAGAAGGACCAAGUCAAAAGACUCUGAUCUGAAUAUUGACGAUUCGUCAAAAAUUAAAAAUGGCGAUGUUUCAAUGCUUAGAAAACUUCUUUGUGUUGGCAAAUCGUUAGGUGGUGUUGGAACAUUUCAUGAUAGCGAUACCGAUGAAUCUGACUCUGACUCUAGACAUGCAAUUCAUGUUACAGGUAAUACUCGAGUAACUCUAGCCAAGAAAAACUUGCUCCCAGUUGGUUCACGGGUAUCUGAUUGGUUAGUGAAAAUAGUACAAUUUGUUAAAUCUGUACCGGAAUUCCAUUCUGUAUCCCACAACGAUAAAAUAACACUGAUUCUCAAUUCAUGGACUAAAAUAAUGUUAUUAUAUAUGGCUGAGGACAAUUUUGAGUUUGUAGUGACACCGACGCAUCAUUCCAAACAAGAUCUCGAGGAGUCGCAGGCGACACCCUCACCAGAGGAGCCCACGAUGAAAUCUUCCGAAACUAUUCAGACGUUUAUUAGAAAGUUUCAAGCCAUGAACCUUGACCAGAAAGAAUAUGCAUUCCUUAGAAUGGCUGUCCUGUUUAAUAGUGGAUAUGCCGGCAUAGAACGACCAAGCGAUGUAGAGCAAAUCAAUUCUUUAAUACAACGUCUGCUGCAGGAGCACGUGCGAGUCUCGAGACCUAACGAUCUUAUGCACUAUUCUAAACUUCUUCUUUGUCUGCCUUCCCUGUAUGGAAUCAACAGCAAAAUGAUUGAGAACUUGUUCUGUAAACAUAUCAACGGAAAUAUGGAUAUUGAUGUUCUACUCAAAGAAAUGUUGCAAAAUUUGUGAGACUUGCUUCAUUUUACAGCAUUAUUUAUUACCAAUUAUGAAGGUGCUGUGCGCCAUUUUUAAGUUGCCAAUAUAUUGCCUCAUUCCAUUCAUGUCAGAAAUCCCUCCAUUACAAGGGAGUGGCCAAUCAAAAAACAAAUAAACAACAACAACAAAAACGGAAUUUAAGCAAUUGUACCAAGCAUGAACAUUUUGAAUAGUAUGAAAUUGUUUUUCAUAUUUAAUUCUUUAGACGGCAAACUUUUUUUUAUUCUUGAAGAAGAUACUGAUGGUCACUCCCUAUCAUUUCAUUAAAUAUGCCAUUUUAUAUUUAUUGAAUGCAUAAAACAAUUCCGAGAUAAGUGAUGUGUUGAUGAGUGAGAGGGAAUUCUGUGACUGAAUCUGUUUUCUGGAGAAAAUGUAAAAAUUCAAGUAUUAAGCAAUAGUCUCAUUUCUUUAAUUUAAUUUUUAUUUAUUUUUUUCGCCAUUAAAUUUUUGUUGUUGCUGUAGAUCUUUGAAACAACGAAACUUACAACAGCAUAGAUAUUAGUCUGUAAAGCCUUUUUGAAUAUUCAGCGAAUUAUUUUGCGUAAUUUUCAUGACAUUUACUGAAAACGAAUGAAUGAGUGUGGAAACACAUUGUAUGAUAUGAGUUGGAAUGAUAUGAGCUUUUGUAAAAAUGUUGUGUAAUAUAUAUUUUGUCUAUUUAUUUAUUUUGAUGCAAAAUAAAACUGAAAAUGUCAAAAUAA